GCUUUUUCUCACUGAGCCAGAGCACGGUUACUUGGGGCGGCCAUCUCUCUAUACGCCACUUACUUAUUACUGGCCCAUAAGUUUCCAAGGUAACAGUGCAGUGGGACUGGUCUUAGACUGUGGGAAGAGAGACCCGGAAGUGACGCUCUUACUUUGCGUCCGGGACGAGAAGGUUCGAAGAUGGCGGCGCGCAAGGGCCGGAGGCGCACAUGUGAAACUGGGGAACCCAUGGAGGCUGAGUCCUGCGAUCCAGGAUCCGAAAGCCCAUCGCAGGUCUCCCUGCCCGGCAGGGGGCCGCCACUGGGAGAAGGGGAGGAGCUGGUAAUGGACGAGGAGGCCUACGUGCUGUACCAUCGAGCGCAAACUGGCGCCCCUUGUCUCAGCUUUGACAUAGUCCGAGAUCACCUGGGCGACAACCGGACGGAACUCCCUCUCACUCUUUUCCUGUGUGCAGGAACCCAGGCUGAGAGCGCCCAGAGCAAUAGACUGAUGAUGCUUCGGAUGCACAAUCUUCAUGGGACCAGGCCGCCACCCUCAGAGGGCAGUGAUGAUGAAGAGGAGGAAGAUGAAGAGGAUGAAGAGGAGCGGAAACCGCAGUUGGACCUGGCCAUGGUUCCCCACUAUGGUGGCAUCAACCGAGUUCGGGUAUCCUGGCUGGGGGAGGAGCCUGUGGUUGGAGUAUGGUCAGAGAAGGGCCAGGUGGAGGUGUUUGCACUGAGGAGGCUCCUGCAGGUGGUAGAUGACCCCCAGGCCCUGGCCAUUUUCCUCCGAGAUGAGCAGGCCCAUGUGAAACCCAUAUUCUCCUUUGCUGGCCACAUGGGUGAGGGCUUUGCCCUUGACUGGUCCCCUCGAGUGCCUGGCCGCUUGGUGACUGGCGACUGUCAGAAGAACAUCCACCUCUGGACGCCCUCAGACGGUGGCUCCUGGCAUGUGGAUCAGAGGCCAUUUGUGGGCCACACACGGUCUGUGGAGGAUCUGCAGUGGUCGCCAACUGAAGACACAGUGUUUGCCUCCUGCUCAGCUGAUGCCUCCAUUCGCAUCUGGGACAUCCGAGCAGCCCCAGGCAAGGCCUGCAUGCUCACCACAGCCACUGCCCAUGAUGGGGAUGUGAAUGUCAUCAGCUGGAGCCGAAGGGAACCCUUCCUGCUCAGUGGUGGGGAUGAUGGAACCCUCAAAGUCUGGGACCUACGACAGUUCAAGUCUGGCUCUCCUGUGGCCACCUUCAAGCAGCACAUGGCCCCUGUGACCUCUGUCGAGUGGCACCCUCAGGACAGUGGGGUCUUUGCAGCCUCAGGUGCUGACAACCAAAUCACACAGUGGGACCUGGCAGUUGAACGGGACCCGGAGGCAGGGGAGGCAGAAGCAGAUCCCGGGCUGGCAGCACUCCCCCAGCAGUUGCUGUUCGUGCACCAAGGUGAGACUGAUCUGAAGGAGCUGCACUGGCAUCCGCAGUGCCCUGGGGUUCUGAUCAGCACCGCCCUGUCAGGCUUCACCGUCUUCCGAACCAUCAGCGUCUAAGGUGGCCGGCACUUGGCCUCAGGCCUUGACUCUUCGUGGGAAUUGGAUCUGUUAACUCAUAGUCUGUAGACUGCACCCCAGAAAGAAAGACUUGUUCAACUGGCCCAUGUGGAACAGAAGUAACGGAUCCUACUGACCUGGGGUCUGGAUGUGGAUUGACUCUUGUGGUUCACACACGCCUUACACCAAAGACUUUAGCUUGUCUAGUUAUGGCUUCAGUAUAAGAUUUCUCUCAGUGUUGACUCCUGGCUUGACCCUUAGACCUCUGACCCAGGUCCCAGUUCUGGCUGUUGAUCGACUCCAGGAAUUUUAAGGGUUUUGCCAUGCUGGGCCAAGUCUGGGUCUGGGUUGUUUCAGUGGAAUUUAGUUUUCCCUUUGCUUUCUGGCCAGCUAGGUCUGGCUGGGAUCCACGUUGGGAACUGUGUGUGGUCCCCUCACUGUGCUGACCACUACUGUACUGGAGAAGGGUCUGGGGCUUCUGCUGCAGUAAAGGACAAGGCCCCAAACACGUGAGAUGCCAGUCCUUUGAGCUUUCCUAUGGCACAGCUAACGGAAGUAGGGAGGAAUUUGGAAUGGAGCUAUCCCCUGCAUGAGACUCUGUCAUCCUGUGAGGGUGGCCUCUUCCUUUCUGUCUGGCUCAGCCUUGUCUAAAUCUUAUUCCAUUUGGA